AUGUCUGGCUCCCCGGUACGCCGGAGCGACGCGCCCGACGAAUCGCAGUCCGAGAUCUGCAAGCAGCUCGCGCGUGUGGUUUUGGAUUUUGCCAAGCCGGUCUUCUUGACUCAGCCCGCGAAUCGCGGCAUCGGAAUAAUCGUCUACAAGGACCCCCGUAACAGCCGUGUGGACGUGCCCGAAUACGAUCUAAUGGUGACGGAGUCACGGGUCGUGUGGAAAUAACCGUAGUGACUCCGCGCCGAGGACGAGAGAGUCGCACAAUGUCGCGUCGAUCGUCGUCGAUUCGUCGAUGGCGCGUGCCAGGGGCUGGUCAACGCGGUUGAUUACGCACAGGUCGCAGGUCUGGGUGCGGACCGCGGAGCGCUACAAGACGCCGACGGACGUCGUCGUCAUGGCCCUCGACCGGUUCGAGGACUUUCUGGGGUUGCACGCGCCGACGCGCUGGUACAAAUUCUCGACGCGCGUGUCGAGCGACAUCUGCAUCCAGGGCGAGCCGUGCAAGCGCGCCGAGCUCGUGCGCCACGUCCGCGCCGUCGCCAAAUUGGCGGGCGGGAUCCGUGUGCUCCGCGCGAAGAAAGACUAA